GUACCUGCAAGCGGGCGGAGCUCCAUCAACAGUUGUAGAGUUACUGUCCGUGAACUUUACCUCAAUUGCUGGCAUGGUCAAUGUCAUAGCCAACUGGUUGAUCCAGACAGGUGUUCCACAAACUGAAGUCACAACUCUAGUAGAGAACCACAUGACAGCAAUGGUGCUACAGCAUUUUGAUCCCAAGAAAGCUGAUUCCAUUUUCAAUACUGAUGGCAACGUGCCUGAAUGGUUGCCAGAGAUGAUUCAGCAGCCAACUUGGCGUUCUGUUUUCUACAAACUGGCAGAACAGUACCCUGAUUGCUUGUUCCUCAAUUUUACCAUUAAGAUGAUUUCUGAUGCUGGGUUUCAAGGAGAGAUUACCUCAGUGUCGACAGCCUGCCACCAGAUUGAGGUCUUUACACGUGUUCUCAAGACCUCUGUUGCUACCUUUCUGGAAGGGGGGGAGGAGGCAAUAGAGAAACAUCUUCCAGAAUUCACCAAAAUGGUCUGUCACGGGGAACACACCUACCUCUACAGUCAGCUACUGAUGCACAUGGCAGCCGAGGAAACCAAGGGAGGGGCCAGCAUGAGGAGGUUGUGCCAGGAGCUACAGAAGGCUGCGGUGGCAAAAGGUCUGGAGGUGACCCCAGUAACUACAGCUCUUGCACAUGCCAACGAGUUCCCACGAGCCUGCCAGGCUCUGUCGUCCAUGUUGUCCAGGCAGGCCUUGAACCCAGCGGACAUCACUGUGCUGUACAAGAUGUACUCGGAAGGAGACCCGCCACCUGUUGCACUUAUCAGAAUGCCAGACUUUUUAGAUCUUCUGGUAGAUGCCUUGUACAACCCUGCCAGCAAGAUCAGCCCUGAGCACAAGGCCAAGUACGUCUUUCUGCUGGCUUACUCCGUCAGUGUCGUAGAGUCUUCCCGUAGGGGAAAAGGCCGUAGAUUGAAUAAGGAAGAACUGAAGUCAACAAUCCAAGCAAUAGAGAAAACACACACACUUUUGUCCAACCACAAAGGCUCCUCGGAUCUCAUAGCUGAAGUCUCGACAUUGUUUUCCUGUUUGAAGUUCCCUGUGGUGGGGAUGGGAGUCCUGCACUGGGUAGACAUCACUGUCUCAGAGCCCAAUUUUUUCAAGCUCAACACAGAUCAUACACCUCUCCAUCUGGUUCUAGUGGAUGAGAUAGUGUCCAACCAUCUGUUGUUGCACCAGAGGGCUCUGGAUUUGCUGACUCGACUGUUUGAGAACACUUACGAUGAGCUGGAUGUUCUGGUUCGGCUGGAGCUGAAGAAGAUGCUGCUGGACCGCAUGCUGCAUCUGCUGCACAAAGGCUGCGUGAUGCCGGUUGUCACAUUUAUCACCAGGUGUGUGGAGGAUACGGACAUCUCACUGGUCAGACAUUUUGUCACGGAGUUGUUGGACAUGAUAGCACCACCCUACACAGAAGAGUUUGUGCGCUUGUUACUUCCCCUGAUCGAGAAUAAAGCUGUCACUGACAAACUGAGAACCAGCGAUGGAAAGGAUCCGGUGUCUGAAUUUAUUGAUCACUGUCGGACCAACUUUGUGAACCAGGUCUAA